AUGGAAGAACUGGGCUCGUCUACUUCUGGCGAAGUGGAAAGCAUGGAAGAGCUGUAUUCUACUAGCUCGGAAGAGGAAGAAGUGGAGGCGACUGGCGCAGGAGGGAUGAGGGAAUCCGAAGAAAGACAAGGGGAACUCGUGCAAGAAGAGGGAGAAGGAGCUGUGGUGGCGGAAGGGCGCAGAAAAGCCAGGGUAUUUGCUGAAAGAGCGUUCCCCUUCGAGGUCUCAGAUGACGUCGCCUUCAAGAAGGACUACCGUUUCAGCAAACGGGUCUUUUAUGAAAUCUGCGACUUAGUGAAGGACAAGCUUCAGCGCUCAACCGAGCGAUCAAAGCCGUUGUCGAUUCCUCAGCAAGUUGCCAUCUGCCUCAAUCUGCUGGGACGGAACACGAAGCAGAGAGAUUCGGCAAGAAUGGCGGGGUGUGAUCAAGCAACGGUCAGCCGAGUCCUUGCGAACUUCGUCGAGGCCCUAUGUUCCUGCGCUCAAAAUUACAUCUUUUGGCCCGGAGAGGAGGAGAGAAGAAGAAUAAGUGGGGACAUUUUUGAUGCCUACAAACUCCCAAAUAUCGUGGGCUUUAUCGACGGCUCCCACGUGCGCAUAGCCACACCACACGAGAACGAAGGCGACUACGUAAACCGAAAGCAGUUUCAUUCUAUAAAUGUCGGUCUCAUCUGCGACGAUAAGCUGAGGUUUCGCUGGGAAUCACAACUGUAUCGGGAUAUGAAAAACGGUAGGAAACCCGGAUGUUUGGUGGGCGACUCCGCAUAUAUGGCCGAAAAUUUCUUGAUAAAAGUGGUGGAGAACCCAACCACACAGGCAGAAAAUCGCUAUAAUCGCGCAGUCUGCGCUGCUCGUUCCCACAUCGAGCGUGCCAUAGGAGUGCUCAAGGCGCAGUUCAAGAUUCUGGGCGAGGAGUGCCGAUACAAACCGGAACUUGCAACUAAGAUAAUCGUUGCAUGCGUCGUUUUGCGAAAUAUUGCCAUCGGCGGGAAUGAGUCCAUAGACGAAUUCGAGGUGGAGGCCGAAGAGACGACUGGAGACGAUCCUGAUAGUUCCACUGAACCGACGUCUUUGACGGGAAGAGCGCAUAUUCGAAGAAUAAUAAGUGAUUACUUCAUGUGAAAUUGUCAUUCAUCAUUAUCUUUAUCUUUAUCAUUUACUACCUCCGUCUUUACUUAAGCUGUUUCGCCU